AUGACUUCAUUUUUUUAUCCCAAUCUUUCGAAAGAUUUUUCCUUAAUUUUAAAUGAUGCUGAUGAUUAUAAUGUUAUUAUUAAAGUUGGAGAAAAUGAAAAUACAAAAGAAUUUCGUGCUCAUUCAGUAAUUUUACGUGCUCGUUCUCCUUAUUUCAAAAGUGCUCUUUCAUCUAAUUGGAUCACAAAGAAAAAUGAUAUGAUCAUGUUUAAAAAAACGAACAUUACACCAAAUAUUUUUAACUUAAUUUUAAGAUAUAUUUACGUUGGCGAACUUGAUUUAACUGGACAAUCUAGUAAAGAUAUUCUUGAAUUAUUAAUCGCAUCGGACGAAUUACUUAUUGGAGAGUUAUUUAAUUAUGUUCAAGAUUAUUUAAUUGAAAAACGAAUUGAGUGGAUUCUUAAAAAUUUAUUUCUUGUUUUACAUAUUGCGUUUAAAAUCACUGAUUGCAAGAAAUUACAAGAUUAUUGUAUUGAUAUUAUUUGUGAAGAUACACAUUUAUUUAUUACUUCAAACGAAUUUCUUUCUCUAGAUAAAGAUAUUAUUUAUAAAAUACUUGAAAGAGAUGACUUACGAAUUAAAGAAGUCAUCGUUUGGGAUCGCUUAAUUAAAUGGGGUAUUGAACAGACUCCUGGUUUGGGAAAUGAGAAUUGCUAUGUAAACUUGCAUCACUUAAUUAAAUGGGGUAUUGAGCAAACUCCUGUUUCGGAAAAUGAGAAGUGCGAUAUAAGCAAAUGGUGCAAUGAAGAUUAUGAAGCAUUAAAGGAAAUAUUAAAUCAAUUUAUUCUUCUCGUUCGAUUUGUAGAAAUAACUUCUGAUGAUUUUAAUAAUAAAGUCAAACCAUAUAAGAAUAUUAUUCCUAAUCACAUUUAUGAAGAAAUCGAAGAAUUUUAUAAUAAAGGUACCUUUCCAAAAAUAAAUACUUUACCACCUAGAAUAGGAAAACUUGAUUCAAAAAUUAUCAACCCAAAACUCGCAAAAAUAAUUAUCAAAUGGAUUGUUAAAGAAGAUUUCUGGAUUUUACGUUAUAAAUUUAAUCUUAUGUAUCGUGGUAGUAUUGAUGGUAUUAGUUAUGAAACAUUUAAAAAUAAAUGUAAAGGUCAAAUGGAAAGUUUGGUUUUAAUUAAAGUUAAACAUACAAAUAAAAUAUUUGGUGGAUAUAGUUCUAUUGGGUUUAAUUCCAUUGGAAAUAAUGUUCCAAGUCUUAAUGGUUUUGAUAAUACAAAGUAUUAUUAUUCAUCGGAUAAUUUUAUUUUUUCAUUUGAAAAUGAUGAUGAUACUCAAAAUAUGAAAAUAAGUCGUGUGAGAAAUUAUAAUAAGGCUAUAUACGAUUAUUAUGGUACUGGAUUUGAUUUUGGUUUUGAUUCAUUGUUUAUGUAUCAUAAUCAAUGUUUGUAUGCUAAAAAUGAUAGUAAAAUUUACGAAGAUAAUUUAAAUACAAAUUCAGUUUAUGAGAUUGAAGAAAUCGAAACAUUCAUUGUAACUAAACAAUAA